GUUCGUGCAGGUAGAGAGGUGCGUGCUAGUACUGUCCAGCAUUUGCGUCGGUGUGGCGUUCUGGCUUGUGAUUGGCAUAACUUCUGAGCAGCUGCAGUUCUGGACAGCAGCAACAGGCUUUUGAAGUCAUGUCUGAACGUAAGAGAUAUGAAUGCUCAUUCCUGCCGCAUGGCUGGAAGCGUGAAGAGCUCAGCAGGAAGUCAGGUAUCUCAGCUGGCAAAAUCGAUGUGCUCUACUACAGUCCAUCUGGGAAGAAGUUCCGCACCAAGCCCGAGCUAGCCCGUGCCCUGGGCAACUCUGUCGACCUUACCUACUUUGACUUUCAAACUGGCAAAAUGUCCAAUGUCAAGAAGGAUCUGCGCUUGAAAAAGACGUCUCAAGUCGAUUAUGGGCGCGGGAUCCGCAGUGACGCGCUGCUCAUGCCGCCCAUCCGUCAGACGGCAUCCAUCUUCAAGCAGCCGAUCACGCUGGUGAAAAACUUCCCCGACGGCAAGGUCAAGACCGACCACAAGCACGGGCAACAGGAGAAACCCAAACAGCUCUUCUGGGAGAAGAGCCUGCAGGGGCUGCGCGCUUGCGACAUCUCAGAACAGCAGCUGCUGAACGUGCAGUUGCCCAAGGCGCUGCGUCACAUCGGCCCCAACACGGACGACGCGGUGGCUCUGCAGUCGCUGGCUACGGCGCUGCAUUCGGGCAGCACGCCGAUUACUGGCCAGGCAGCCGCCCGGCAGGCGCUAGAAAAGAACCCCGGCGUCUUUAUGAACCCCCAGCAACCACUCGUGCAGAGCAUCAGCAUCACGGAGGAGGACGUGCGGCUACAGGAGGAACGUGUCUGUCGCGCCCGGAAGACCCUGGAGAACGCCUUGGGCGCCCUGCGCCCCUAGACUGCGCCGUUCGUGCCUCCAGCGCCCGGCCACGUGCCGCCGGAAAAGUCUCUCAAGAGGAGCUCUUCCCUCAUAAAGCCGCGCCGCGUGGGCGUGCCCGGCGCCGCCGUUGUGGCAGUUUGCAGUUGCGGAGGUCGCCGACUUCACCCCGCCAGAGUCAGUCGGACGCGCGGCGUGAGGGGACGCUGCUGCCGCUGUCACAAGUGAUGCCAGACCCCAGAUGUGGUUUGCAGAGAAGGUCCGUGCGGCGGUCGGACGAACCUCGUCAGGGUUUCUCUGCGCCGACCAAGGACAGCAUCACCAUCCGAGUUCGCUCAGGCCGUGAUGGGCCGCCUGAGCCGGCCCGUGCUGGCGGUUGUGUGGGCCGGACCUCGUGCCUGAGGCGGCUACCCUUCGGCUGACGGAGCUCCAGCUGCCUGUCUGUCAGGUGCGCCCAAAAGAUCAUGGAGCCCCAGCUGUUUGCCUGCCAGGGGCGCUUGAGUGUUCACGGAGCUCCAGCUGUCUGUCUGCCAGGCGCGCUCGAAUGAUCACGGGGCUCUGUCUGUCUGCCAGGCGCGCUCGAAUGAUCGCGUAGCUCUGUCUGUCUGCCAGGCGCGCUCGGAUGAUCUUUCAUUUCCGUCAUCAGGGGUGGCGAGUGUCGGCAAUGAGCGCUAAUUGCCAGCUCAAGAAAAUAUCUGUAUGUAUUUCUGUCAAGACCAGUGUUCCCGAUUUUUAUAUAGUGGCUCUCUUCUCCGUCACGUGGUCUCACAAAGUGUUUGUUGUCACAGCGCCACGCUGUGCCCAGCCGUGUUCGUGUUCAUAUGACUUCGAUCUGUCUGUGAGCAGAAGGCUCCGCUGUGUCAUCCUGUGUGUGUUGAAUGGCGGCGUCUGGGAGACGCAGAGUCUGACCGGGGCGCCCCGGGCCGGGCUCGGCUCGCGUCGGGCCCGCGCCGCUCGAGCCAUGUGCCUCGGCGCCUGACCGGGGUUG